UACGUCACAGGGUCGCGCGUGUAUAUAUCGGAGGUCCGCGUGAGAGAGGCAUUCCCAGAGUUUUGGCUCGCGCUGGUGUCGCGUGCGGGACUUUUAACGCGUGAUGCUGCGCACGUCUCCGACGUAUUUAACCACCAGCAGGACCGUCUGACGCAGGAAACCGUACGACUGAAAUGGAGUGAUCCAGCGUCUGAGCGCUUUCGAUUCGCAUCGGAUAAAGUUUGUGUGAAUUUCCCCCUUUUUUCCGCUCACGAUGGAUCUCCCGCAGUGUUUGGUGGCCGUGUACCUGUUGCUGGUGUCCCUCGCUCAGUGUCAGCACUAUUACCUCCUCAGACCCAUGCCAAGUGACACUUUACCCCUGGUGGAGCUCAAGGAGGACCCCGACCCCAUCUACGACCCGCGGGGGGAGGACGUAAACGAGACCGAGCUGAGAAGCGCGCUCGGGGACUUUGACAGCCGCUUCCUGUCCGUCAGCCCUCCUCAGGACCGCUACACGGGCAACGAGGACCGGGACGAGCUGGACCUCCAGCAGCAGAACCCCACCGGGCUGAUGCCCAAAGACAUCAAGAACCUGGAUCUGGACGUGCAGUGGGGCAAGAAGCGCAAAGCCAGCAAGAAACUGAAGCGCAGGCUGCAGAUGUGGCUGUGGUCCUAUUCGUUCUGUCCGGUGCUGUACGCGUGGAACGACCUCGGCGCGCGCUUCUGGCCGCGCUUCGUGCGCGCGGGGAGCUGCUACAGCAAGCGCUCGUGCUCGGUGCCGGAGGGGAUGGUGUGCAAACCGGCCAAAUCCACGCACAUCACGCUGCUGCGGUGGAGGUGCGUGCAGAGGCGAGGCGCGCUCAAGUGCGCGUGGAUACCGGUGCAGUAUCCCAUCAUAACAGAGUGCAAAUGCUCGUGCGCGAACUGACCAAGCAUUAACGGACAUCAAAACUUCGAUCAGAUGCUUAUUUCUGGAAAAAGAAAAAAAAAUUCACAGACUAAUAAGAACUUUCUUAUUUCUGGACAUUAGCUGCAGCUGAUGCUGAUUGUGGAAAACUGUAUUACUGUACACAAUUUGAUCUGAUACAUAUUUCUAGAUUUUAGUUUUAAAAACUCUGAAACAUUUCAGGAACAACACGAUAAAUGAAAUUUAAUCUCAUACAUAUCUCUGGAAGUUAUGAACAAUGUUUUAUUUUGUAUUUUGGUAACACUUUAUGUUAACUAAGUCAUUAACAAAAGUAAUGCUGAAGAGAUCAAUAAGUAUACACACACACACACACACACACACACAUAUAUAUAUAUAUAUAUACAACUUUUCAGAAACUGUUUGAAUGUACAGAUGAUUUGAUGAGCAUUAUGUAUUAUAAUAUGAUUAAUAAUACGUAAUAUGCAUUAUGUAUUAAAAUAAUGUCUGUUGCCGUUCAUAUUAAGUUAUUAUAAAGUGUUGCGGUUUAUUUUUUUUAUGCACUAUCAUGUGUAGGAAUGUAUUGUAUGUAUAUGUCGUGCCAUCAUAUAAUGAUCUAGCUUCUUGUAAAAAUCCAGUAUUAUGUGUAUUAUUCAGAGUCUACUGUAUUUGUGGGAAAUAUUGGUUAACGUUGUAUUUAUAUUGCAGAGAGCGGUCCAUGGAGCCAUUUGAGAUGUUUUAUAAGGUUUUCUAUGAUGAUGUGAUGACCUUUAAAUCUAUUCUGGAUUUUUAACGUCCUGCAGCUGUGACAGCUGCUUCAUGUUGAAGAUCUGUCCUGUAAAUUAAGAUGAACUGUUAUUUAUUCUUUAUAUUCAGAUAAUAAAAUAUCAGUGAAAACCACAAG